AUGUUUCAAUCACUUCGAGUUUCUGCGCGUAUUCCCGCUCGUCUGGAAUUCCUCUACAACUGGUCGAACCUGAAGCUUAUGAAUAGACUCAAUGUGCUUCGCGCUUUGAUUUCGGAGACCAACAAUGCCGCCAAAACCUCUUCCCCGAUUCAGACCGACAUUCAACUACUGUCGCUCAUUCGGAAACGCUUGAAUGCGACCAAGGAUGCGGCCAAGGAGUUUGAGGCUGCUGAGCGCCCUGACCUGAAGGAGAAGGAGGAUGCACAAGCUGUUGUAUUAGAGGAAUAUGCUGGCCAGGUCAAGACCAUGCCCAUUGCCGAGAUCACCGAGGUGGUCGUCAAUGAGAUCAACGCAAUGAGUAACGCCGGCAGCAAGCCCAACCAGGGAGCUAUCCUCAAGGCUCUGUUUGCCAACGGAGGUCCCUUGGAUGGCAAGCCAGUCGACCGCCGAGAGGUGGCUGACGAGGUGAAGAAGGCACUCUCUUGA